CGAGUAUUACUUGCAAUUCUGCAAAAUCAAACGAGACAGACGGCUUUGUGUUUUUUGUUGCUGCUUUUGUCGAGGAAAUAAAAUUACACGUAAAACUGUAGGAAAUAGGUGAUAUUUGCCCUCGAACACAGAGUGACUAAAAACCCCAGAGCCGCAUAAAAUGGAUCGUCUGCUACGUCUUGGAGGCGCUAUGCCACAAGCUGCACCGCCCACAGAUGCGCCCGUCGUGGAUACCGCCGAGCAGGUGUACAUUUCGUCCUUGGCCCUCCUGAAGAUGCUCAAGCACGGACGGGCCGGUGUUCCCAUGGAGGUGAUGGGUCUGAUGCUGGGCGAGUUCGUUGACGACUAUACGGUGCAGGUCAUCGAUGUCUUCGCCAUGCCUCAAACGGGCACGGGUGUCUCCGUUGAGGCGGUGGAUCCCGUCUUCCAGGCUAAAAUGUUGGACAUGUUGAAGCAGACGGGUCGGCCUGAAAUGGUCGUCGGAUGGUAUCACUCGCAUCCUGGUUUCGGAUGCUGGCUUUCUGGUGUAGAUAUCAAUACGCAACAAUCCUUCGAGGCGCUUUCGGAACGAGCCGUUGCCGUCGUCGUCGAUCCGAUUCAGUCCGUCAAGGGCAAGGUAGUCAUCGAUGCCUUCCGACUGAUCAAUCCCAAUAUGUUGGUCCUUGGACAGGAGCCGCGGCAGACCACCUCCAAUCUAGGUCACCUGCAAAAGCCCUCAGUGCAGGCCCUGAUCCAUGGGUUAAAUCGCCACUACUACUCGAUCAGCAUAAACUACCGCAAAAACGAGCUGGAGCAGAAAAUGCUCCUCAAUCUGCACAAAAAGUCUUGGAAGGACGGCCUCACGUUGUCCGACUACAACGAGCACUGUUCUAUCAAUGAGGACACCGUGGCCGAGAUGCUUGAUCUGGCUAAGAAUUACAACAAGUCUCUGGAGGACGAAGAGAAAAUGACGCCCGAACAGCUGGCGAUCAAGAAUGUGGGUAAACAGGACCCCAAGCGGCAUUUGGAAGAGAAGGUGGACAAGGUUAUGCAGAACAAUAUUGUGCAGUGCCUGGGCGCCAUGCUGGACACUAUAGUCUUUAAGUGAAUUUUUGCAUUUUCUCUCCUCAAUCAACCUCCCCUUUCAUCCCACAAACUGCUAAGCUAAUCGUAUUAACAGAUAAAAACAGCUUUUGUUUAGAGCAAAGUUUUACACAAA